UUUUAUCUAUAUAUAGCUUCCUCUUCCCUAGCUAUAUAUAGAACCUAGCUAAUUCAUGUUAUCCUUGCCAUCUUCUUAAUAUAUUCUCCAAAUUAAUGACAAAGUUUAUUUUCCUCUUAGCAUGCGUAAUUGCUUUCAUCAGUUCCUGGGCUCAUUGCUCGGUUGUGGAGCACACUUUUAAUGUGGGUAAUCUGAAGGUAAGAAGGCUAUGCAGCAAUGCUAGUAUUACUGCCGUUAAUGGCCAAUUUCCUGGUCCAACAAUACAUGUGCAAGAAGGCGACAAGCUCAUUGUGCAUGUGGUCAACGAUUCACCUUAUAACAUUAGCAUACAUUGGCAUGGCAUCUUUCAACUACUGAGUGCCUGGGCUGAUGGACCUAGCUAUGUGACACAGUGUCCCAUCCUUCCUGGUAACAAAUAUACAUACAAAUUCGACAUCAUAGGUCAAGAGGGAACUUUAUGGUGGCAUGCCCAUUUCUCAUCCCUCAGAACUACAGUCUACGGUGCUCUUAUCAUCCAACCUAGAGCUGGACCUAAUGCAUACCCAUUCGCUAAACCUUACAAGGAAGUUCCAAUCAUCCUAGGAGAAUGGUGGAAAUCUAACAUGGCGGAUUUACAAGAGGUGUCCAUGAACGCCGGUGGCAUAGCACCCGUAUCAGAUGCUUAUACAAUCAAUGGCCGCAUGGGUGAUCUAUAUUGUUGUUCAAGAAAACACACGUACAAGCUUGAAGUUGUGGCCGGGAAGACAUACAUGCUACGUAUCAUCAACUCUGCACUCAAUAACCAGCUCUUCUUCAAGAUAGCUGGGCACAACUUCACUGUUGUGGCAGUGGAUGCUAGUUACACCAUGCCUUACCCCACUGAUGUGCUGGUCUUGGCUCCCGGACAAACAGUGGAUGCCCUCAUGGUCGCCGAUGCUCCUCCAGAUGAUCGAUACUAUAUGGCAGCCAGAGCGUACAUAAGUGCAGCCGGCCCUCCUAACGCCCCCUUCGACAACACCACCACCACUGGCAUUCUUCAGUAUAAAUACUCCAAUUAUGUACCGGAACCACCAUCAACCAAUAUUAGUACUAGUAUUGUUAUGCCCUUCAUGCCUGCUUUCAAUGACACACCCACUGCUCACAACUUCUACUCCAGCUUAACCGGACUUAUUAAGCCAGGGAUGCCUUUAGUUCCCCUUCAUGUCGAUGAGAAAAUGUUUAUGACCUCUGGCCUUGGGGUUAUGCCUUGCCAACCUGAUCAGACCAACUGCAGCACAUUUCAAGUGCUUGGCAACGUGAACAACAUAUCCUUCCAGUUUCCCACAAGGAUGUCCUUGUUAGAGGCACACUUCAAUGGCGUCCAGGGGAUCUACACUAGGGAUUUUCCUGACAAACCUCCCUUGGUGUUUGACUACACCAACAACUCAUUGAGUGCUACCCUGCCUUUGAUAAUGACAACAACUGGCACUAAGCUGAAAAGGUUGAAAUACAACUCUACAGUUGAAGUUGUACUUCAAAACACAGCAUUAAUUGCAGCCGAAAGUCAUCCGUUGCAUAUCCAUGGUUUCAAUUUCUUUGUCCUGGCCCAAGGUUUUGGAAACUACAACGAGGAGUCAGCACAGAAGAUGUUCAAUUUGGUGCAUCCGCAGGUCAGGAACACCAUUGCUGUUCCACCUGCUGGCUGGGCAGUCAUCAGGUUCACAGCAAAUAAUCCAGGUGUUUGGCUGGUACACUGUCACCUGGAUGUCCACCUUCCCAUAGGUUUGGCUAUGGCUUUGGAGGUUGAGAAUGGACCUGCACCUUAUUCGAACCUCCCUCCACCACCUCCAGACUUCCCUGCCUGCUAGAAAAGGAAAAGGAAAAGGAAAAGGAAAAGGAAAAAGCAAUUUUAUUUGUUUAUUUCUGAUCGAUUGUUGCACUAAAAUAAACAACAUCAUGUAUGUUUGUCUAAGGUUUGCUUAUUUAAUUCACGUACACCUACUCAACUGGAGUUUGAAUAUCUCGAAUAAGAUGCACAUGUAAU